UAUGGUAUUACCAUGUCAUGUAGUUUUGCAAAUUAACCAAUGAAGACAAAACUUACAUCCGAGGACUGGCUUUGAAGAACACAGGAGGAAAAAGUAAGCAUCCCUCCUGUCUUCAACUCUGUCUGCUCCUCUUCAGACCCUCUGUCCCUGCCUCAGUUAAGGAGGGUAUCAGUGGCACUGACGGACAGCUCCAGGACACAAGGACAGCGAGAGAUGGAUGAAGAGGACAGCAGAGCAGGAGGACAGCCUGAGACACGUUAAUUAGACCUCAAAACAUUGAUAUGGUUGACAAAGCAAGCCUACACUGACAGAGAAGGCCCCACAAUUCAUCAAACAUGCAACAGGAGGAAAAAGUAAGCAUCACUCCUGUCUUCAACUCUGUCUGCUCCUCUUCAGACCCUCUGUCCCUGCCUCAGUUAAGGAGGGUAUCAGUGGCACUGACGGACAGCUCCAGGACACAAGGACAGCAAGAAAUGGAGGAAGAGGACAGAAGAGCAGGAGAUCAGCCUGAGACACGAAAUGGAUCAUCUCCUUCAGCCUCAGGAUUAUCAGCAUCCACCUCCAUCUCAUGCAUAGAGAAGACCAAGAAGUACUUCUGUUCUCUGUGUGGUAAAAGCUUCCACUUACGGUCUCAGUUUAUGCUGCAUCACUGUGCUCCCAUAGCAAAGAAGCAACACUCCUGCUCCCAGUGUGGCAAGGGUUUCUUUGAUGUGCGAAAACUCAAGUCACACCAGCACAUUCACAGAGGAGAGAAGCAACACCACUGCACUCAGUGUGGCAAGAAUUUCACUAGCGCCACAUCUCUGAAGAGACACCAGCACAUUCAUACGGGAGAAAAGCCACACAUCUGCGGUCUGUGUGGCAAGGGUUUUACAAGACGGUAUCUUCUCAAACGACACCAGCACAUUCACUCUGAGGAAAGGCCAUACCAUUGCAGUCACUGUGGCAAGAGUUUCACUCGAGGGGAUCAUCUAAAAGAGCAUCAGCGCAUUCAUACAGGAUUAAGGUCAUACCGCUGGUCUCCAUUUGGAAAAGGACCAUCUCCUUUUUUGGGGUUUCCAGCAUCCACCUCUAUCUCACACAGAGAGAAAUACAAAAGAUACUCCUGUUUUCUGUGUGGCAAAGGCUUCCACUUAUGGUCUCGGUUCCAGCUGCAUCGCUAUGCUCACAUGAUAAAGAAACAAUACCCCUGCUUCAAAUGUGGCGAGAAUUUCCUUGUUGUGGCCGAACUCAGAUCACACCAGCGCGUCCACAUGGGUGGGAGACCACACCGCUGCACUCAAUGUGGCAAGGGUUUUCCUAUCAAGAGCACGCUCAACAGACACCAGCGAACUCACACAGGAGAAAGGCGUCACCUAUGUGCUCAGUGUGGUAAGACGUUCACCAGAAAGCAACGUCUCGAAACACAUCAGCAAAGGCAUACAGGAGAAAGGCCAUAUGACUGCAUUACAUGUGGUAUGAGUUUCUUCAAAAAGGAUACUCUCAAACAACAUCAACGCACUCACACAGGGGAGAAACCAUACCAUUGUACUCAGUGUAGCAAGAGUUUUGCGGAUGGGAGUAGUCUCAAACAACACCAGCGUGUGCACACAGGAGAGAGGCCAUACCACUGCAUCAUAUGUGGCAAGAGUUUUACUAGAAGUAAUCAUCUCAAGCAACACUACCAUGUUCACACAGGAAAGAAGCCAUACCUUUGCACCGUGUGUGGCAAAAGUUAUGCUAAAGGAUGUAGUCUCAAACAUCACCAACAUAUGCACACGAGAGAGAGGCUGUACCAUUGCUCUCAGUGUGAAGCGAGUUUCACUGCGAUGUCUAAACUCAAUGAACACCAGUGCAUUCAUACAGGAGGGAAGCCAUAUAACUGCACUCUGUGUGGAAAAGGUUUCACCCGUCAAAGCGAUGUUAAUAGACACCAGCGUGUUCACACAGGAGAAAGGCCAUAUAUUUGCGCACAGUGUGCCAAGAGCUUCACCAGAAAGGAUCAUCUCAAGAAGCAUCGAUGCCAUCAUGCAGGGGAAAGGCCAUAGCACUGCGCUUUUAAUUAGUUUAGUUUUAAUUGAGGGCAUCAUCUUCAACAACACUGGCGCAGUUACUCACUGCUCCGAGUCUAAUCCAGUGCAAAUUUGACCACUCUGGUCGUGAUCCCUUGUAGAUCUGGCAACAGUUUGGCCAUGAUUCAGUACCAUUCUGGUCCAGACCCAAAGAGAAUGGUGUGCUGUGAGGGUCACUUUAAACCAUUCAUGUUUUGCUGGGGAGUCAUUGUAAGUCAUUCAUGUUUUGCUGGGGAGUCAUUGCAAACCAUUCCUGUUUUUCCAUACCUCUUUCAAUAGUAAAUUAUUUUGUUUCUCUCCUGUUGUAGUGUCAUGUAAGUUUGUCCAUAAUUAGAUUAUGUACAUACAUACAUGCCUCAUAUAUAUAUAUAUAUAUAUAUAUAUAUAUAUAUAGUAUGUUAAUGCCAAUGUGGGGUCUAUUUGAGUGUUACUGGGGCUUACUAAAAAGCGGUGGAAAUGCAUCAUUUAAAUGGAAAAGCUGGGGUGUAACACUGACAUGUUUAAAUCAUAUCCAUUAUGAUCACAAGGAUCACAAUAACACCAGCCUACUCCCUACAGCAUUCAAUAUUUUGUAGUUGUACCUUAUCAUUACACACAUUUUGCAUUGAGGCCGGGAUAUUUUGCCUGUCUCUAAUUAACAGAAGUGUGGUUAUAGUCUUUUGUAACCAGCCUGUAUGAGAAUGAAGAGUAAUUAUAGAGUACAAGGGUCCUAUUAUCUGCACGUGUCACUUGCUGAGAACAAGCCCCACACACCAUGUGAACCCUUCAAGAAAGCCAGGCAGACACACCAUGGGUAAAUGUCACAAUAUUGAUUUAUUUCUGAGCAUACACCAUUAUAAUAUAAAUAUAAAAUAUGUAUUUUAUUUUUAAAAUUGGUGAGACAUCAUUAUAUCUGUGUUGAGACAACCAUAGAAACAGUUUUAUUUUAAUUUCUACCAAAAUUGGUAAUGUAUCUGUAACAAACGCUCAUUAUGGUGCCAUUCUAUAAGGUACAGAGAGAGAGAGAGAGAGACAGACAGACAGAUAGAGAGAGAACAAUAUACCUCAUCUGAACAAAUUACAAUGCAGCAGCAAAUGGACCACUCUUUAGAAAUAGCAGGAACAUAAAGUCAAAACAUAUCUAGAAUCACUGUACAAACAAGAAAACCCAUUCACAGUGAAUAAAACAAAGAAAAAAAAUAAAUAAAAAUAAAUAAA